GGCGCGCCGGGGACAGCGGCGGACGGCGGCGGCGGCGGCAUGCGGCUCCUCGCGCUGCCCAUCGUGGGCUGAGGCGGCCGCAGCACGGGCAGGAGGCGCGGCGGCCGGGCGAGCGGAGGGCGCAGCCAGCUGGGCGGACCGCGGACAGCGGUCGGGGCGCCGCGCCAUGGGCCGAGCCGGGGGCGGGGGCCCGGGCCGGGGGCCGCCGCCACUGCUGCUGUUGCUGGGGGCCGUGCUGGUCCUGGCCUCUGGGGCCGUGCCGGCGCGUGAGGCGGGCAGCGCUGUCGAGGCCGAAGAGCUGAUGAAGGGCAGCCCGGCGUGGGAGCCGCGUGCCAACGACACGCGGGAGGAAGCCGGCCUGCCAGCGGCUGGAGAAGAUGAGGCGUCGUGGACGGCGCCCGGCGGCGAGCUGGCCGGGCCAGAGGAGGCGCUGCAGGCGUCGACUGCGGUGACCGGCACCGCCUGGCUAGAGGCUGACAGCCCAGGCCUGAGAGGAGUGACUGCAGAGGCGGGCAGUGGCGAUGCCCAGUCCCUUCCAGCUACGCUCCAGGCUCCCCACGAGGCCCUCGGGCAGUCAUCCGUGCCCCCUGCCACUCCUGAGGCUACAGAGGCCAGCGGGCCACCCUCCCCCACUCCUGGUGACAAGCUGAGCCAAGCUUCUGAACUCCCCAAGGAGAACCCCUUGGAGGUUUGGCUGAACCUGGGGGGCAGCACACCUGACCCUCAAGGGCCAGAGCCCACUUACCCCUUUCAGGGCACCCUGGAGCCCCAACCGGCAUCAGAUAUAAUUGAUAUCGACUACUUCGAAGGAUUGGAUGGUGAGGGUCGUGGUGCAGACCUGGGGAGCUUCCCAGGAUCACCAGGAACCUCAGAUAACCACCCUGAUACUGAGGGAGAGACCCCUUCCUGGAGCCUGCUUGACUUAUACGAUGAUUUCACCCCCUUUGAUGAAUCUGAUUUCUACCCCACCACAUCCUUUUAUGAUGACUUGGAUGAAGAGGAAGAGGAAGAGGAGGAUGACAAAGAUGCAGUAGGAGGUGGUGACCUAGAAGAUGAAAAUGAGCUUCUAGUGCCCACUGGGAAGCCUGGUCUGGGGCCCGGGACAGGCCAGCCCACCAGUCGGUGGCAUGCCAUCCCUCCACAGCACACUCUGGGGUUGGUCCCUGGCAGCAGCAUCGCCCUCAGGCCCCGCCCAGGAGAGCCAGGAAGAGACCUGGUCUCCAGUGAAAAUGGCACUGAGUGCCGCAGUGGCUUUGUGCGGCAAAACGGCUCCUGCCGGUCAGUGUGCGACCUCUUCCCAAGUUACUGUCACAAUGGCGGCCAGUGCUACCUGGUGGAGAACAUAGGGGCCUUCUGCAGGUGCAACACGCAGGACUACAUCUGGCACAAAGGGAUGCGCUGCGAGUCCAUCAUCACCGACUUCCAGGUGAUGUGUGUGGCCGUGGGCUCAGCCGCCCUUGUCCUGCUCCUGCUCUUCAUGAUGACAGUGUUCUUCGCCAAGAAGCUUUACCUGCUCAAGACGGAGAAUACCAAGCUGCGUAGGACCAACAAAUUCCGGACCCCAUCUGAGCUCCACAAUGAUAACUUCUCCCUCUCCACCAUUGCUGAGGGCUCUCACCCAAAUGUAAGGAAACUUUGCAACACUCCCCGUACCUCCUCCCCCCAUGCCCGUGCCUUGGCUCACUAUGAUAACGUUAUCUGUCAGGAUGAUCCCAGUGCUCCUCACAAAAUGCAGGAAGCUCUCAAGUCCUGCCUGAAAGAGGAGGAGUCAUUUAACAUCCAGAACUCCAUGUCACCCAAACUUGAGGGUGGUAAAGGUGACCAGGCUGACUUGGAUGUGAACUGUCUUCAGAAUAAUUUAACCUAAAGCAGAGAAAGAAGAGAGAAAGCAGGGGUGGGGGGUGGUUGGGGGAAGAAACAUUAUCUCCUCUUGUACAGAGUCUAUUUCUUGUAACCAUUUGUUAAACUCUUUUCUUUUUCUGAUCUCAUGGCAUGCUUUGAUGUAUUUUGUACAGGAGGCAAAAAAAAUACUUAAAAUAAGCAAAGAAACGGAACAGAAUUGCAUACAUUGGGUUGUUUUGUCUGUGCUGUCUGUACAUUGCUUCUGCUGCUGUGAUUUCUAAACCUGUGCUGUUAUUCAACUGACUUUUUUUUGUACUUUGACCCACCUUUUUUUGAAAUAUCAGUAAAAAACAAAGUUCUUGAAAUAAAACUUUUUAAAAAGUUA